UAUUUUUUUAACCGCUCAACAACCUAGCUGCAGUUUCGUCAAAUUUAAUUCUAGAGUGAUUAUAAACAACAUUAUUUAAAAAAAAAACUACCAUGAGUAAACAUCAAGAUUCAUCCAUAACGCAUGUUAAAGUUAUUGACUUAAUAAGUGACACGGUUACGAAACCAGACAUUCAUAUGCGGCAAGCCAUGUUUGAAGCAGAAGUUGGAGAUGAUGGUUAUCAAGAAGACCCAACCGUACGUUUGUUGGAAGAGAAAUCAUCAACACUUUUUGAAAAAGAAGCGGCAUUAUUUGUACCAAGCGGCCUCAUGGGGAAUUUAGUUGCAAUGAUGGCUCACAUAAAAGAUCAACGAGGAUGUGAAGUAAUAGUUGGCGACAAAAGUCACAUUUUGCUGUGGGAACAAAGUGGAGCUGCACAGUUUGCAGGUUUACAAAUGAGAGAAGUUAGAAAUUUGCCAGAUGGUUCACUCGAUAUGUCAGAAUUACGUGAAAAAUGUCGACCGACAAAUCCAUAUGAUUACGAAUCUUAUACAUCAUUGAUUUGUAUAGAAAACACUCAUAACUAUCUUGGCGGUGUAGUAGUUCCCAUUGAAUGGCUUGAUCAGCUAGGAAAAUUUGUUAAGGAAAAAAACAUCCCUCUGCACAUGGACGGAGCUCGAAUAUUUAACGCAGCCAUUCACUUAGGCGUUCCUGUCAGUCGCAUAGCUGAACACUGCGAUUCCGUGACGUUCUGUCUAAGUAAAGGACUCGGAGCACCAAUUGGUGCAGUUUUGCUGGGCAAUAAAAUGUUUAUCGAAAAAUGCCGAAGAAUUAGAAAAUCCUUGGGUGGGUCUAUGCGCCAAGCCGGGAUCGUGGCCGCAGCUGGAGUGUAUGCCUUAGAUAACUGCGUAGAAAGACUGGCCGUGGAUCACUGGCACGCCAAGAAAAUCGGAAACGCAAUCCAUCAGAUGGCCAGUCCUGAUGUUACCGUUAACCUUGAGAAAGUCGAUACCAAUAUACUAAUAGUAAAGUUAAACGAUAUGAAGAUCAAUUCACCUGACUUUUACGACAUGCUGUUAAAGGUAAACAACGAAGACGAUGAUAUCCCGAAUGAAAUCAAUUUAACGUCCGUUAGGAUAUCAUAUUUAUACAAAGGAUGUGUAAGAUUUGUUUUGCACAAGGAUAUUUCCGAAGAGGAUGUGGACAUGGCUAUUGAAAAGAUAAAAUACGUUAUUGGAAAAAUCAAAUCCUCCAGCUAAAUUAUUACACUACACCGAAAAUAUAUAGCAUUAUAAGUAGCUUUACGAAACAGAAAUAUAUUACAUAGGUACCUAUGAAUAAGCAUAGAAUGUACAAAUUGAAUCAAAAGAAAUCUUUAGGUUAUAAAAUAGCUAUAAAUAUACUAAACGCAUAUUUAUAUUAUAUACAUCUUCUAUUAUUUUAGUAUACCUUAUUUUACCUAUGUACCUAAGUUUUUAUUUUGAUAAAAAAAAUACAUAACAUAUUUAA